GCUCCGAUUAGAAUGUUCGUUAAGCGUUAUGAAUUAAAUUCUUAAAAUUAUUUUUUCCUUCUUUUUAAAUAUAACUUAAAGUUACAUAUACGUUUUUAAAAACUCGUCACUUGUUUAUUAUUUAAAAUUGGAUGACCUAGGGUUUUUUAUAAUAUAACAUCGAAUUUUCUAUCAAGGUUACUGCAACUUAACAUGUUUCUAAAUUAUGCGAUUUAUGAAGUGCUUUGCAAAAAUAUGCUUCGUCAUCAUCUUUAGCCGAAAGACGUACACUGCUGGACAAAGGCCACCUCCAAAGAUUUCCACGUCGAUCGGUCCUGCGCUGCCCUCAUCCAACGUAUUCUGGCGAUUUUGACCAGAUCGUCGGUCCAUCCAUGUGGACGCCAUCGAGGACUUUACUGCCCCAACGACCAUCUGUCCGUCGAGCUAUGUGUUCCACCCAUCGCCACUUCAGUUUCACAAUAACUUGGACUAUGUCGGUAACUUUGGUUCUCCUACGGAUCUCCUCUCUAUUGCCCUUUGAGUGUAUAUAUGCUUGCCUUGACGGGUUAACUAAAAUAAAAUAAAAAUGUAACUUUUACGCAAUAAUCUAAUGUAAAACCGUUACAAUUACACACGUUUUAAUCCUUUAAAAGUGUUUUAUUUAAAUGUGUAACACUCGUGUUAAUCAAAGAAAAUACUUUAAUAAUAUAUUCUACACAUGUUGUAGUGAAAAAAAUGGUUCCGUUUUGUAAUAAUAAUAGUAAUUAAUAUAGAAAAUUACAAAACCGAACUGUUAUAAUUAUGUUAAGUUAAACUCGCAAGAAUAGUAGGUAUAAUAUGAAACAAAAUAGAGGGAUUGGUCUCUAGAACGGAACUCCACAGAGGAACAAACCUACAGAUAUUCAUAGACUCAGAAACACAGCAAGCGCUUGUCAUCUCCUUUUGGUUAAAUAGUUUAGGAAAAUAAUAUUUGAUCUCAUAUCACACCUCAGCUCUGAGCCCAGUGCUUCACAAGAUGGCAGAACUAAUGAAUAUAAGCGUUUGUGACGUAGCAAGGAUUUUACAAGUGUGGGAGAAACAGGAAUUUGUUGAUCUGGUUACCGAGAAGUGCAUUGACGGGCGUAAAUUAUUGGGACUUACCGAGGGAGUUGUGAAAUUGUGGCAGCCAAAGUCGAAUGCUAUAGAACUCAUUGACUUAAUUGAAAAUAUGAAAUCGAACCCAGAAAAAUACAUGAAAUGCUUAAAACGCGAUGAAAUAGUUAUAAAAGAAACUAAUUUAAAUGAUAAUCCGUAUCAAACUGUAAGCGUAAGAAAAAUAAGUCAACAGGAUACUGUGGAAGAGAUUUUAAAACGAAUUGUUAUACCGAAGAGUUUUUUGUACAGAAACAAGAAGGAUAAAGUCAAUUCUUAUGUGCCAAUGGAUGCUGGAUCAGGCAAGAAGCCAAAAAGAUUUUUUCGAUUAAGUUCCUACGAAUAUCCACUACUAAAAUCAAAGUUUUCUAGAAAUGAAAGCCCUUCGGAUAGAGGUUAUUAUUCAAUAAAGAUAAAUGAUAAAAUUUAUAUUCAAAAGCCCAAAAAAGAGGACUCCAGACCUAAGUAUAGGUCUUUAUCGACUGCUGAAGAAUUUAAUGAGAAUGUAAUUGAAGAUCAUUUGUAUGAAGAUUUAUGUUACAACGAUCUAAGUGAAUCAAAAAUUGAGUCAAACAAGGGUCAAGUAAAACCAUGUAUGGUAAAAUUACAGGAGUUAUUUCAGUCACUUAAAUUUCCAUUUUUCAAAAAACCUGAUGAAGUUACAGAAAAAAAAGAAGAGAUAAGAGAAAUGAAUCAUGAUAAAGAUGGACACUUUUAUGAAAAUAAUGAUUUGGCAAACAUGUACGAUUCUGUGCAUGUACAAAAAGAUGAAUCAAGUGAUGUAAAAAAUAAGGAAUGUUUAGUUGUCGAAGAGUAUCUAGAGCCAGUGAACAUCAACAGGGAUUAUUGUGAUGUCUGCCUCAAGCAGAAAGAAGAUUCACUUCUGGGUUUCAUCAUGAACUACUUCGAAACGAGGUUCGGUAGACGAGAAACGAGUGACGCCGCAGCGCAGUCGGAAGAGUCGGAAGUGGAGCCAUCUUGUGACGAAUCAAAAUGGCGGCGCGUUGGCAACAUGGCGUCGCGGCCACUUCCGGUGCCUGUCGAGAACGAGCCCUACUACAUGAAUAUUGAUAGGCACGAAGCUGAAAGCUUACUGCUGGGCCAAGCGGAUGGCACUUUUAUACUGCGACCUUCUAGCCAGACAAACCACGCAUACACACUGAGUGUGUCAUGUUCUAAUUGCGUUCAUAACGUGGGCGUUCGUCGCCGUUCGGACGGUCGACUGGCGCUCGGGUUCGCUCGGCGAGGCGAACGCAGUUUCACGAGCGUGACGUCACUCCUACGUCAUCACAAGCGAAGAAGACUUCUACUUGUUGCUGGAGGGGAGCUGAUUGGUGCCACUACGUUGAAUGAAACUCUACAAUAUUAUCAAGUGCCAAAGAAUAUACCCCUGGUGAAAGCGUAAUUUGGCGAGUUUUUUAUGACAUUAAGUGACAAGACGAGCAGGGCGUUCAGCUGAUGGUAAUUGAUACGCCCUGCCCAUUACACAGUGGAAGGCUCCUUUGCACAGGACGCUGGCGAAAUUAUCAGCACCACAACAACGCCUAUUUCUGCCGUGAAGCAGUAGUGUAUAAGUAUUAUUGUGUUCCGGUCUGAAGGGCGCUGUAGCUAGUGAAAUUACUGGGCAAAUGAGACUUAACAUCGUAUGUCUCAAGGUGACGAGCGCAAUUAUUGUGCCGCUUAGAAUUAUUGGAAUUUUCAAGAAUCCUGAGCGGCACUGCAUUGUAAUGGGCAGGGCGUAUGAAUAAGCAUCGGCUGAACGGCUGAAAAAAAGUUAUUGCAAAAUGACAGGCGUCACGCGGAUCGAGUUUCGUGGUACGAGGGACCUAGCUGUACUCAAGCGCAAGGUCGCUAGCGCCGGCCGUAUUUAUGAGUCAGCGGGCACAGCGGCAGAAAAUAUAUUGUAAGCGGCGCUGCAAUUUGCACUGAAUUGUAGUCUCGUCACGUCUGAGUAAAAAAGCGGCCAAGUGCAAAUCGGACUCGCCCAUGAAGGGUUCCGUAGCAGCAACUAACAUUAUAUAAAGUUCUUGUAGUUCGUUGUAACUUUGAUCGAUGUUUAGUAGUGUUAUUAAAUAAGUUAUUGAUAAUACGAUUUAUGACGUAUUAAAAAAAAACUACUGACUAGAUCUCGUUCAAACCAAUUUUCUGUGGAAGUUUGCGUGGUAAUUGGCUAUGGCUAACAUCAUUCUGCAAACCAUUGUCAUUAUGAUGCGCAAAUUAUAAAGGCAUUUAUGAGGCUUCAUGUGCCUGUUUAGUUAUAAUUAUACUAACAUAAUUUAAUAAGGACAUUUUACUGACAAUUAUUAUUGAUUUUUUUCUGAAUUAAAAUUAUUAUUACUAUUAUGGAACCCUAAAAAUGGCCGCAAGUAGAGGUUGCCAUGAUUUUAAUAAAGUCAGCAUGGUUAAUUAGCAGAAGCCCUAAAAAAUAAAGUCAAGAUUCAACGUAAAAUAUGAAACCACCGAAGAGAAUAAUUUAUAAGGCGAACGGAAUAUUGGAAUCAGUAAUGAAACAUAUUUCGCGUCAGUUCGUGAGCGACGCUGACGAUCUCUGAAAAUUUUAUGUCGCUACAUUAAGAAUAAGAAAUAAAGGCCCGUCUCCUGGGUAAUUUGUGGCUGAAUGUAGAUAAUUUGACAUUAGACAUGGCUUCUUAAUUUAAAUAUUCAUUAGGUAUAUGUUAUCUAUCUAAACAUACAUAUUACUUACAAUUACUAAUAUUUAUUUUUCAUUUGAAUUAAUUUUUUAGGGUUCCGUAGCCAAAUGGCAAACAACGGAACCCUUAUAGAUUCUUCAUGUCUGUCUGCCUGUCCGUGUAUGUCACAGCCACUUUUUUCCAAAACUAUAAGAUCUAUUCUGUUGUACCUUGGUAAGUAGAUCUAUUCUGUGAACCGUAUUCAGAUUUUCACACAAAAAUAGAAAAAUAACAAUAAAUUAUGGGGGUAAAUUAAUUAGUAUUUAGAAUUGAAACUCAUAAUUUUUUUUUCAUCAAACUCACGUGUUCUAUGGAUAGGUCUUCAAAAAUGAGUUUUUUUUAUUUAAUUAUUUUUUCUAAACUGAAUAAUUUGCGAGAGAGACACUUCCAAAGUGAUAAAAUGUUUCCCCCCGCUGUAACUUCAAAAAUAAGAGAAUGAUAAAACUAAAAAAAUAUAUGAUAUACAUUACCAUGCAAACUUCCACCGAAAAUUGGUUUGAACGAGAUCUAGUAAGAAGUUAUUUUAAUUAAAAAAAUACACUAUUAUUAAAACAUCGAUCAAAGUUACAACGAACUACAAGAACUAUUAUAUUAUGUUACUUGCUGCUACGGAACCCUUCAUGGGUGAGUCCGACUCGAAUGGUUUAUCGUAAAUAGUAAAUAUAAAACUUCGAUUUUGUAUUAAAAUUAUUAAAAACAGAUGACUAUAAUUUAUCAACAUAAAUUUACCUUGUUACACCUGGCAACCUUUAUCUUGAGGCUGACUGAGAGCUGGCAACCAUAUUUGGUAGAUUGUAUCAAAAUAUUUUACAUUGUAUCAAAAUGUUACAGAAUGUAUCAAAAUAUCUUACAUUGUAUAAAAAUAUCUCACGUGUAUAAAGUAUUUCACAUUGUAUUAUUAUAGAUUGUAUCAAAAUAUUUCACAUUGUAUCAAAAUAUUACAGAUUUUAUCAAAAUAUAACAGAUUGUAUCGAAAUAUUACAGAUUGUAUCAAAAUAUUUCACAUUGUAUCCAAAUUUAACAGGUUCUUUUGAAAUGUUGUAGAUUGGGUCAAAAUAUUUCGUACUGUAUGUAAUGCCCGGUUCUUCUCUCUCACUGAUCUAAUGCAUCAAUGGUAAGAUCGCCUUAUUAAGAAUAAUAUAACGGUCUUGUAAAAUUCCUCUGGUGAUUAAUUAAAGAACUAUAAAGUUGCCUGCACUAGAUAAGUUUAUAUAUCCGUUCAUAUUUUUAAAUACACACUCAAUUGAUAUAUAAGCUUAUUAUAUGUAGAUUAUAUUAUACAAUAUAUUAUAAUUAUA